AUGAUUACAGCUAAUAAUAUAAUUAUUUGUUUCAGGUUAUCAAUAGCUUUGGAGUUGGUUAACAAUCCUCCAGUUUUCUUUUUGGAUGAACCAACUAGCGGGCUAGAUACCGUCACCACAGUCCAGUGUGUGAAGCUUUUGCGGCAACUGGCGAAGCAGGGCAGGACUGUUGUUUGUACAAUACAUCAGCCAACUGCCUCUCUUCUAGAACUGUUUGAUCAGGUAUACGUAAUCGCCGAUGGACGAUGUAUAUACCAAGGCGACACAGAAGCAAUGGUACCGCACUUGCAAAGUAUGGGACUACCUUGUCCCAGACAUCAUAACCCCGCUGAUUUUAUAAUUGAAAUUACAGAAAAUCCCCAAAAUAUAAAUAUGUUGUGCGAAGAAAUCCAGAACGGAAAGCUGUACAAGUCUUCCAAGUUAGAAGUCCCUCCGAUUGAACCCAUAAACAACUUAGAACUCAAAAUUUGCUAUCAAACGGAGGAUGAAGCAGGAGAAACUCAAAUUGUUCUAUCCAACGAACAAUGUAUGUACAAGGGGAAUCAAUACGAUGGAGUGAGAAGUUCUUUGACAUCACUUUCGAGUCAAGUAUCAAAGGACAACUCGUCAUCAGCAUGGAUGAAGGUUAAAAAAUCUGACGCCAAAAUGUACCCAACAACAUAUUUUGAGCAGUUCUCGAUUUUGCUUAGAAGGAUGAUAAAACAAAUAUCAAGAAAUCGGCAAGCUCUCUGGAUCCAAGCAAUUCACCAUACGAUGUGCGGCGUUUUAAUAGGACUGUGCUUCUUAAACAUGGCGAACGACGGCUCGCAGAUGUUCAAUCAUUUGAAGAUGUGCGUUGGUCUGGUUAUAUUCUUCGCCUAUACCCAGAUAAUGGUGCCAGUUCUUGUCUAUCCGCAAGAAGUGAAACUUGUAAAGAAGGAGCAUUUCAACGGCUGGUACAGUUUAUCGCCUUACUAUGCCGCUUUGACAGUCUCCAAGUUACCUGUUCAAGUGACGCUCAACAUCGUAUUUUGUACGAUCGUGUAUUUUAUGGUUGGAGUGCCAUUUGGCACGUCCAGGUUCAUUUGCUUCUGCCUUAUAGGUAAUGUUGUUUCACUGGCCUCUGAAGGACUGGGCCUGGCCAUUGGAUCCAUGUUUAGCGUCAGGAACGGUUGCGCAAUUGGACCAGCAGCGAUCGCUCCAUUCCUAGGCCUGGCUAUCUACGGUUUCGACUUCGCUCACCGCAUCCCUUUGUUAAUGAACAUCCUAAUGAAGACUUCGUUCAUCCGCUGCGGCGUGGUCGCCAUGGUUUUGACCAUUUUCGGCUUCGGCAGGACUCCCUUAGAUUGCAAAGAUGUCUACUGCCAUUUUUCGAAACCAGACGUUUUAUUCAAAUACUUAGAUAUAGAAAAGAGCUCGGUCUGGUUCGAAAUCGGUAUUAUGGUCACAUUAAUGGUCAUAUUCAGAUCACUAUGCUAUAUGGGUUUAAAAUGGAGAUUUGCCACAUGA